AGCUACUCGCACCCGCUUCGAAGCAAAGCUGCGCGGAAAACACGUUCGUUUUACGCAACACCCGCGUGACUCUGUUUUCCUUUGGCUGCGCACAACACAAAACAGAGCUUUUUCGUUAGAUCUUCUUUUUCUUUUCCUCCCUGUCGGCGUUACACUGUAGUUUCUAACUCGCUCUUUGAUUCUCUUUUUAUUGAUAAGAUGAGCAGCUACGAGAUUAAGCCCAUCGCCCAGGGGACCAAGAAGGACCCUUCGGUGCGUAAGUACAAUAAAGCUGCCGGUGCAGGACCGUUUGGUGCCGCGCCCCCCAGCGCUUCAGGCAAGAAGGCCGCUCCCGCACAAGCGUCCAACUCCGCCGGCGAAGAUGCUGUGCAACCCGUGACGGGUGUUCGCUUCCCUUGUACCGGUACGAAGCGCGGCUACGGUGGCGCGAGUAGCUCGCUGCGCAAAGGCCGCCCGCGUGAUGUUCCUGAUGCCGCCUUCUCCGACAAGGGCGGUGGCAAGAGCGCGCCGCCCAAGGCAGGCGCCUUCAGGAAGCGCAUCAUCCCGCCCACCGAGUUCCGCCGCGCGUACGAUCGCGGUGACCUGCCCCUGGCCAUCUGCCACGGCGGCCGCCCCUCCAUCGACUGGAAGGUUGAGGUAGAGAAGUUAGACUACCAUCACUACCUCCCCAUCUUCUUUGACGGCAUCCGUGAGAAUGAGGAACCGUACAUGUUUCUCGCACGCCAGGGCUGCUUGGACUUGCUGGAGCGUGGUGGGCCAAAAAUCCUGCCAACGGUGCCGCAGCUCAUCCUUCCGAUCAAGACGGCGCUGAACACGCGCCACCCCGACAUCAUCUGCGCCACCCUGCGCAUCAUUCAGCAGCUCGUGGUCAGCGGCGAUUUGAUUGGCGAGGCACUUGUCCCGUACUUCCGCCAGAUCCUCCCCGUCUUCAACCUUUUCAAGAACGUCCACAAGAAACGUAGCCGCAGUGACGCCAUGGAUUAUGGCCAGCGCAACCGCGACGACGUCGGCGAUCUGGUGAACGAGACGUUGCAGUUGCUGGAGCUGCACGGCGGCGAGGACGCGUACAUCAACAUCAAGUACAUGGUGCCUAGCUACGAAAGCUGUGUGUACAACAACUGA